AUGACCCAGGGGAAGAAGAAGAAACGGGCCGCAAACCUCAGUAUCAUGCUGGCCGAGAAGAUCAUCAUUAAGGACGGAGGCACGCCUCAUCGAAUAGGUUCUCCUAGUGUUUAUCAUGCGGUUAUUGUCAUCUUUUUGGAGUUUUUUGCUUGGGGAUUAUUGACCGCACCCACCUUGGUGGUAUUACAUGAAACCUUCCCUAAACAUACAUUUUUGAUGAAUGGCCUAAUUCAAGGAGUAAAGGGUCUGUUGUCAUUCCUCAGUGCCCCACUUAUGGGUGCUCUUUCUGAUGUUUGGGGCCGAAAAUCCUUCUUGCUGCUAACAGUGUUUUUCACAUGUGCCCCAAUUCCUUUAAUGAAGAUCAGCCCGUGGUGGUACUUUGCUGUUAUCUCUGUUCCUGGGGUAUUUGCAGUGACUUUCUCAGUGGUAUUUGCAUAUGUAGCAGAUAUAACUCAAGAGCAUGAAAGAAGUAUGGCUUAUGGACUGGUUUCAGCAACAUCUGCUGCAAGUUUAGUCACCAGCCCUGCAAUUGGAGCUUACCUUGGACGAGUGUAUGGGGACAGCUUAGUGGUGGUCCUAGCCACAGCCAUAGCUUUGCUAGAUAUUUGUUUUAUCCUUGUUGCUGUGCCAGAGUUGUUGCCUGAGAAGAUGCGGCCAGCAUCAUGGGGAGCACCCAUUUCUUGGGAACAGGCUGACCCCUCUGCAUCCUUAAAAAAAGUGGGCCAAGAUUCCAUAGUGCUGCUAAUCUGCAUUACAGUGUUUCUCUCCUACCUACCAGAGGCAGGCCAAUAUUCCAGCUUUUUUUUUGUACCUCAGACAGAUAAUGAAAUUUUCACCAGAAAGUGCUGCAGCAUUUAUGCAGUCCUUGGCAUUCUUUCCAUUAUUGCACAGACCAUAGUCUUGAGUUUACUUGUGAGGUCAAUUGGAAAUAAGAACACCAUUUUAUUGGGUCUGGGAUUUCAAAUAUUACAGCUGGCAUGGUAUGGCUUUGGUUCAGAACCUUGGAUGAUGUGGGCUGCUGGGGCCGUAGCAGCCAUGUCUAGCAUUACCUUUCCAGCUGUCAGUGCCCUUGUUUCACGAACUGCUAGUGCUGAUCAACAGGGUGUUGUGCAAGGAAUGAUAACAGGGAUUCAAGGAUUGUGCAAUGGCCUGGGGCCAGCCCUUUAUGGAUUUAUUUUCUACAUAUUCCAUGUGGAACUUAAAGAACUGCCAAUAACAGGAACAGAUUUGGGAACAAACACAAGCCCUCAGUACCGCUUUGAACAGAAUUCCAUCAUCCCUGGCCCCCCUUUCCUCUUUGGAGCCUGUUCGGUACUGCUGGCUCUGCUUGUUGCCUUGUUUAUUCCAGAACAUACCAAUUUAAGCUUAAAGUCCAGCAGUUGGAGAAAGCACUGUGGCAGUCACAGCCAUCCUCAUAGUACACAAGCGCCAGGAGAGGCCAAAGAACCUUUAUUCCAGGACACAAAUGUGUGACGACCGAAAUCAGGAAGCUUUUUCUAUC